AAAAAAUUAACAGUGCCAGAUUUAAGAGAUUUGAUUUUAUAUGUAUUUCACGAUUAUUCUACAAAUAAACUAAGUUGGAUCAAUAUUACAAAUCGAUCUAAGAUCAGAAACUUGGUAUUCUUAUUUGUUCCUGGUUUAUCAGCUGAUUUAUUUACAAAUUUGAGUGAUUUUACCAAAACUUUUCAACCACAGAAAAUUAUCGGCAAUUGUUCAAUUGAUAAUCAUUUGGAUUUUUUCAGUGAUAAGUUUGAUUGUAUAUUUCCCACAGUUGCACCUGGCAAUAGGGAAUCUCUUUAUUCCUCUUUUGCAUCUUUGACUAAUGUUCCUUUAACCAAAAAAGAAAAAAAAACAUUAAAGACGUCUUCUGGACCAAAGAGAAAAAUAACUCUAUUUAAUUUGCUAAUGACUCAUAAUUUAUUAGUUUCUCAAAACUAUCCUAUCCAUUCAAAAUUAGAUAGAGGUGAGUCGUGUACUGGAAAUUGGGUGGAAACAAUAGAUUUUGAACAUCCUGGUUGUAAAACAUUUGCAAUGGAUUGUGAAAUGUGCGAGUCAGAAAAUGGCAAAGUUUUAACAAGAAUAUCGCUUAUUGAUUAUAAUUACAAUAUAGUUUUUGAUAGCUAUGUCAAACCAAGCGAGCCAAUUACUAAUUAUUUAACCGAAUACUCUGGUAUCACUGAGGAAAUUUUGGAAAAUGUGACUGUAACUUUAAAAGAUGUUCAAGCUAAACUUUUAUCGAUUGUUUCUUCUAGUGAUUUUUUGAUUGGACACUCAUUGGAAAGUGAUUUGAAUGUUCUUUUUAUAAAGCAUCCUUUGAUAAUUGAUACUUCUGUAAUUUAUGAGCAUCCCAAGGGGCCUCCUUCAAAGCCAAGCUUAAAAUGGUUAGCAUUAAAGUACUUGAAUUCCAAGAUUCAAAUAGGUAACAAGGGACAUUCUUCAAUUGAAGAUGCCAAAACCUGUAUGUCACUAACCAGGCUAAAACUUCAGAAUGGGAUCAAUUUCGGCAUUAAUAUUGGUGAUCAACAAACGAUAUUCAAAAGAUUGAAUUCCCAGACCAAAAUCGGAAAGACAUUAAUAUUGGAUUAUACAUCGAAUUACAAGUUUCAACAUCCGUCGUGUAAUGACGAGGUAAUUCCAACAGUUACUGAAAACGAAUUUGAGAAAAGGAUUCAGUGUUUUAACGAUGAUGAGAUAACUCAAAAUAUCGUAGAUAACGCAUCUAAAUAUCGUUUUAUUCUUGGUAAAUUAAGGGAAUUGGAGUUUGGAUUAAACUGGGUUGAAAAACCCAAAACUUUUAAACCUUCAUCAAAUACUGAUACUAAUGAUUUUAAUACAAAUACUGAUGACGAGCACGCUGAAAGUGGUAAAGACAAUUCAGAAGAUCGCAUCCACGAAACACAUUGUAAGAGAUUGAAUGCUAGAUUGAAAAAAAUUCACCAAAGCUUGCCUAGUUCAUCGAUGUUAAUAAUAUGCUCUGGCAGUGGUGACACAAGAGAUAUGAUUCAAUUACAGAACCAGAAACGAGAUUUU